CCGCCCCGAGCCUGAGCUGGACCCUGAACAGCGCACCGCAGUCCAGCGCGCUGGACCUCCGGGCUGAGCGAAGAGGAGGCAGGAGCGACGCAUGGCCAGGCGACGAAGCCUCUGAGAUUUCCACCCAAGAUUGCUGACUAGCGUCAAGCAGCUGCUGCAUCAUGGUGUAUGGACAGAUCCUUCGUCCGCACGGCCCUGACGAUUGCUUCAUCAAUGUCAACGUUGGCGGCUUCAAACAACGAAUGGAGCACGACGUUCUGAAACGCUUCCCGCAGACACGUCUGGGCCGCCUUCUGUGUUGUAGCUCCAGAGAAGCAAUCCUGGAGCUCUGUGACGACUUCAGCCCUUCUGAAAUGGAGUACUACUUUGACCGCAAUCCGCGCUUUUUCUGCUACGUUCUGAACUUCUACCUCACAGGCAAAAUCCACCUGGUGGAAGGGUUGUGCAUAGUCUCCUUUGUUCAAGAGAUUGAGUAUUGGGGCAUCAAGGAGCGCCACCUGGACUUCUGCUGCAGCAACAAAUUCCACGAACUGAUGGAGCUCGCUGAGAAUAAGUGCUGGGAUCAGAGGAGUGACGAGCUGCAGCUCCACACCUCGGACUCGUUUAGCGAGGAGCUGUCAAGUUUGGAGGAGGACAUAGAUUCGUUUGAAGGUUUGUGGUGUGCGGAUGUCCGCAGGAAUAUUUGGCUUCGACUUGAGAACCCAGGUUACUCCACUUCAGCCAAAGUGAUGGCUGUGGCAUCCCUGAGUGUGGUCAUUAUCUCUAUUGUUGCCAUGUGUGUCCACAGCAUGCCAGACUUCCAUCCGGUGGGUCUCAGUGAGAAGGAGGUUGAAAACCCAGUGCUGGAUUUCUUUGAGAGCUUCUGUGUUUUGUACUUCUCUGCAGAGUUCAUUCUCCGUUUGGCUGUUGCACCGUCAGCCAGGAAGUUCCUAUGCAGCCCUCUCAAUAUCAUUGACUUAAUGUCAAUUAUGCCCUACUACGUGACGAUAGCCUGUGAUACAAUGAAUGAAGGUGAGAACACGGAGCUGGAGAAUGUUGGCAAGGUGGUGCAGAUCUUGAGGUUGAUGCGAAUCUUCCGCAUAUUGAAACUGGCUCGCCACUCAGCUGGGCUCCGCUCUCUUGGUGCGACACUGCAACACAGCUCCCAUGAAGUAGGGCAGCUGGUUCUUUUCUUGUCCGUCGGCAUUUCCUUGUUUUCUGUUCUUAUUUAUUUUGUCGAGAAAGAAUCUCAAGAGUCGGAGCUGCAGACUAUCCCCAUAGGCUGGUGGUGGGCCACCAUCAGCAUGACAACAGUGGGCUACGGGGACACCUUUCCCGUCACGCUUGCUGGGAAGCUGAUUGGAACCCUGUGCAUCGUCUGUGGGCUGCUGAUUGUGGCUCUGCCCAUUACUAACAUCUUCAAUAAAUUCUCCAAGUUCUAUCAGAGGCAAAGUCACAUAGAUCUUAAACAAAGCAAUAACCGAACCCUCGUCAGCUAGUCUGACUCACAGGAAGUAGGCUGUUGGUAUAAGCCUGCUAUUGGCCGCCUAUUUCAGUCAGCAUUGUCCUCCCCUUCCGCUAUCUGCAUGCUGCUAUUUUGCAAGGGCACCUUCGCUGCAUACGUGGUUUAGCGCCGCCCAAGACAAGUGUGAUUGGUUUAAAAAAAUACAAACCAGAGCCAGACCUGCAGUGCUGACACAUCGCUAAAACAAAGUGUGGAGAUCAGUGCUGCUCUGCAAGACUACUCUCCAGCAAGCUUUUUUAAGGACUACCAUAAUGUGAUAUCAAAACUCACAAGAACUCAAAAGAAGUCGU